UGCUCCGCCGCGCCCGGAGGCACCGGCAACCCGCGCCGGGUGAGCGUGGCAGGCUAUGGGAUGGAUGAAGCUGAGCAGGACCAGUAUGAAGCUCGCCUCAAGGAGCUCUUCGACAGCUUCGACAGCACCGGCACGGGGUCCCUGGGGCAGGAGGAGCUCACCGACCUCUGCCACGUGCUGCACCUGGAGGAGGUGGCCCCGGCGCUGCAGCAGACCCUCCUCCAAGACAACCUCCUAGGCAGGGUCCACUUUGAUCAAUUUAAAGAAGCACUUAUCCUCAUCUUAUCCAGAACUCUGUCAAAUGAAGAACACUUCCAAGAACCAGAUUCUUCCCCAGAAGCGCAGCCCAAGUACAUCAAAGGCGGCAAACGCUACGGCCGGCGGUCCCUGCCGGAGUUCCAGGAGUCGGUGGAAGACUUUGCCGAGGUGACGGUCAUCGAGCCGCUGAGCGAGGAAGCGUGUCCCCCGCGCAUCGCCUCCAGCGGCUGCGAGGAGCACUGGAAGACGCGAGACAGCGAGGAGUACGAGGCUGAGGGGCAGCUGCGCUUCUGGAACCCGGAUGACCUGAACGCCUCUCCCGGUGCCUCGCUGCCCACCCCGGACUGGAUAGAGGAGAAACUGCAGGAGGUCUGCGAGCACCUCGGCAUCACCAGGGACGGCCACCUGAACCGCAAAAAGCUCAUCUCCAUUUGUGAGCAGUAUGGGCUCCGAACAGCAGCCGGGGAGGUGCUUGAAGAGGUGCUCCAUAACCUGGAGCAAGACGGUACCAUGAGCAUAGAGGACUUCUUCUACGGCUUGUUUAAAAACGGAAAGUCACUGACACCCUCGGCGUCUACUCCGUACAGACAGCUGAAACGACAUCUCUCCAUGCAGUCCUUCGAUGAAAGCGGGAGGCGCACGACCACCCCCUCGGCCAUGCCCAGCACCAUCGGCUUCUGCCUCUUCUCCAGCCUGGAUGACGGGAUGGGCUACGGCUGCGUGGAGGGCAUCCUCGACUGCUGGCACCAGGAGGGCAUAGAGAACAGCCAGGAGAUCCUGAAGGCUUUGGAUUUCAGCUUGGAUGGGAAGGUGAACUUGACAGAGCUGACGCUGGCGCUAGAAAACGAGCUUUUAAUAACCAAGAACGGAGUCCACCAGGCAGCCCUGGCGAGUUUCAAAACGGAGAUCAGACACUUGCUGGAACGGGUUGACCAAGUGGCCAGAGAGAAAGAAAAGCUGCGGUCGGACUUGGAAAAAGCCGAAAAGCUGAAAUCCCUGAUGGCCUCCGAAGUGGAUGACCACCACGCCGCGAUUGAGCGCCGGAAUGAGUACAACCUCAGGAAGCUGGACGAGGAGUACAAGGAACGAAUUGCAGCUCUAAAGAACGAGCUUCGGAGAGAGCGGGAGCAAAUCCUGCAGCAGGCUAAUAAACAGCGGCUGGAGCUGGAACAGGAGAUAGAAAAGCUGAAAACCGAUGAGAACUAUAUCCGGGACCGCCUGGCCCUUUCCCUGAAGGAAAACAGCCGCCUGGAAAGCGAGCUAUUGGAAACGGGAGAAAAACUGGCCGAGUAUGAAAGUUUGGCAAGCAAACUGCAGAGGAACUUGGAAAACGUCCUGGCUGAGAAGUUUGGUGACCUGGAUCCCGGCAGCGCGGAGUUUUUCCUGCAGGAGGAGAGGCUGGCACAGAUGAGAAGCGAGUACGAGCGGCAGUGCAGAGAGCUGCAAGACCAGAUAGAUGAGCUGCAGUCGGAGCUGGAGGAGUACCGUGCCCAAGGCAAAGUGCUCAGGCCUUCGCUGAAAAAUUCACUGUCGGAAGAGUUCGACAUUGAUAUGAAAAGUCAUGGCAAUAGUGCUAUUGAGCCCGACCAAGGACUUGGUUCAGAAGACUGCAACCCAUUAAAUAUGAGCAUAGAGGCAGAAAUGGCUAUUGAACAAAUGAAGGAGCAACAUCACAGGGAUCUGCAUCACCUCAAACAGGAGCUUGAAGACACAGUGAGCCAUUACGAAAAGCAGCUAGAUGAGACAAAAAUCCACUGUGAAAAGGAGCAAGAGGAUAUGAGGAAGAAGUACACUGAAGAGAUGCAUGUCAUGGAAAAGCAAAUAACUGGCCUUAAAAAUCAAAUUGCAGAACUGCAAGGAGAGGCAGCAGUGCUCAGAGAACAGCAAGAAAAACUCGACUGUAAAUACAACGAUGAGAAAAACAAAUUACAAAUGCGUUUCGAUGAGGAAAAAGCCGAUCUGCAAGAACUGUUGAGGCAGGAGCACGAAGAAGACAUUAGAGCCAGACUGGAGCAGGUAAACGAGAAGUUUAGUCGAGAACGGGAAGAACUGAUUCAAAAUGGUGUCUGGGUGGAGGAAAAGAUGAGAGUUUUGGUGCAGACGCUGCAGGAAGAGAAGGGAGAGCUGGAACAUGGCUUUCACGAGCAGCUGAAAAGGAUGGCAGAGGCGCAUGCCCUGGAGAAGGAAGAGCUCCAACAAGAGCUGCGGAGGAAGCACGAGCAGGACCUGGAGGAGGAAAGGAAAAAAAUGGAAAGUGACUAUAACAGAAGAGCAUCUCAUGCAGAAACUCAGUUUUCUGUCGACACACAAACACUUGUGAAUAAAUAUGAAGAAACGAUCCAAAAUCUGGAAGGACGUUACCAGCGAGAGUUGCAUGAGCUUGCCGAACAGCAAAGAGAGGAGAAAUCUCAGUGGGAGUUUGAAAAGGAUGAAAUUGCUCAGGAGGUUGCUGAAGCCCACGAGCAACUGAAGGAAAGUCUGGCAAAUGAAAAGGCCGUUUCUUCUGCCCUGACCCAGGAGAAAGAUCUCCUGGAGAAAAAAUUCAAGGAAGAAGUGAACAAGCUUGUGUGCGAGAGAGAGCAGCUUCAGAAGGAGCUGCGAGACCUGAGGAAUGCUGCUGAGAAGCAAGAGAAAAGGCUGAGUGAUAAAAUAACACAACUCCAAAAUGAUCAUGAAAAAGAGCUAAAGAGCAAAGAAGCGCGUCUAUCCGUGGUGGAGGAAAAUGGGAAGCUGGUUAGGCAAAAGCUGGAGAGACUUGACAGUGAAUAUAAGCAAGAGAAAGAAGACCUCAAUUCCAAACUUCUUGCUUUGGAGAGUUUAAACAAAGACAUUUGUGUAAGAGCAGAAACAGAAAAGGCCGAGAUGAGUUUGGAAAUCUCAAACCUUCAGGGGAAAAUACAGAAAUUGCAGUGGGAGAUCCACAGUUUUUCCACACUACAAAAUCAUUAUAGGGUCCUGGAAAAUGAGUAUGCCAAAGCAAAGAGCAAAAUUGCUUCUUUCUCUGGUAUGGCGCCUCUGGGAGAUGAGGCGGAUGUCCUCUUAAAUCUACAGAAAGUGCACGAGCAAGCCGUGAAGGAAAACGUCAGAAUGGCUGCUGAGAUCGUCAGGCUGCAGCACAGGUUGCAAGCUGCGGAGCGGGAGCCUGUGCGACCUCCCAGUCCUGGCUGCUCCGACUCCGGCUCAGAACGAUCUCAGCUGCCAGAUGCAAUAGAUCCCAUUUUUGAAGGGUUGCCCAGCGACUGUAAAGAUGCAGACAAGGGAACAGAUUCGAAUGUCCUUCCGCUUUCGGAGGCUGAUACUACAGACCUGGAAGAAAUGACAGAGAUUGAUUCAGAUUUGGAGAACGCAUGUGUUAAAGCCGGAGCAGGCGGCCACGCGCUCAAGGUGCAGGUAUGUCAGACGCAAGGAAGUAAAGCAGCAGUGGAAGCUGAUGGCCAUCAGGAUUGUGACAAGAAUCAAGAGCUGCUUUCUCGGGUACCUCUGCUGCAAAAAAAGAGAGAUCUCGAGAAAACUCUUGAGAGAGUUCCCAGACCAAAAAUGCUACACAAUGAUGUUAAACAGCAGAAGGUUCAUCUGCUAAAUCACAGAAUAGCUCCCCAAAAUAAAGGGUUUGUUUCUGAUGCUUUGAAGCUGCAGGUUGAGCUUGAGAAGGCUGAGGAACUGAGUGAAGCCUCUCUCCUGCUUGAUCAUGCUCCUGGGUCAACGAAUGGUGACCUGAAAAGCGUAAUAGCUCAGCUUUGGAAAAGGGUCGAAGAGUUAGAAGACAGAUCAAUGGCACAGGCUAGACUUCUGUCACUACAAGAAGAAGUUCAGGUAGAAAAUGAGGAUCUGAAAUCUGAAAUGAUCAAGUUAGUUGAAAAAAAUAAAGUGCUAGAAGACAACCUGCGUAAGCUGAGAAGCCUUCAUUGCAAACUAGAAGAAAGUAAACUGGACAGUAUUAAGCUCAGAGAGGAAAACACACAGCUCCUCCAAAACCCUAAAGAAUUGCAAGAUGUCCAAGAGCAAGAUGCACAAGGAAACGUAGAUGCACACAGUGACAAGUUAAGACUGCGACGCCAGCUUGGGAAGCUGGAAGAAGAUGCCGCCGCAUUUACAGGUCAGCAAGACAAGCGUGCCCAAAGCGACAGCACGGUGAAAGAAAUGUCGGCAGAGAAGAGGGAGCUGCAAGAGCCCAAGAGAAAGCUGAAGGAGAAGGCUGCUGCUCUGGUUAACCCAAACGACGUGUGUUUCCACGAAGAGAGGGAGGAGAGGAAUACAGUGAUGCACGGCUUACAAAGCACGUGCACUGAGCUGCAGCAAAAAGUUGAUCUUCUGAGAUGUGAAGCCGAGAAGCUCAGAGAAGAAAAUGCUAUUCUGAAAAAUGAAGUGACUUUAUUAAAUGAGGAAGGUAGUGCUUCCAGCCUGAAAAUGAGGGAGCUAAAUGGAUCCCGAGAAGAAAUGCGGCAAAAGAUAGAGGCUGUGAGAAAGGAGAAAGUGGCUGUACAGAAGAUGGUUGACAACCUGAAAAAGCAGGUAGCGGAUCUGAAGACCAGGAACCAGCAGCUGGACUCUGAAAAUACAGAACUUAGCCAGAGGAACUCCAAAAAUCAGGCAGAUGUGCAGGAUCUUAAUCAACAGCUGGCAAAGGUGCUCAAGCAAAAGGAAAGGGAAGCAGGAAAAUGUACCCUGGAAGAAUGGGAAAAGGAGAGGCUGGUACUGAAAGAAGAACUGGAAAACUCCAAAGUAAAGUCAUCAAAUAUGGUGUCUUCCUUGGAGAUGGAGCUGUCAAAAAUGAAGGUUCAAGCUCAUAUAUUGGACCAGGAGAACCACAUCCUCAAGCAGGAACUCGAGAAGACAAAACAGCUGCCCAGAUGUCCUGAUCUCUCUGACCUUCAGAAUGAAGUUUCAAGCUUAAUUACUAAAAAUGAAAAGCUGCAGAAAGAAAAAGAAGCCCUGAGUGAGGAAUUAAACAGAUGUAUUGACAAGGUAGCUAAAGUAAGCUGCUUAGAGAAUGCAAUUGGCAGCUUGAAGCAGGAGCAGAAGUCCUGGGAACAGCAGAGUCAGACACUGAAAACACAGCUCACCGUUUCACAAGACAAGGUUCAGAGUCUAGAUGAAACGCUGCAAAACACCAACCUUCAGCUGUCCCGACUAAAGUCGGACUUACGGGUGACGCAACAGGAGAAGGAAACUCUUAAACAAGAAGUGAUGUCUUUACACAAGCAACUGCAGAAUGCCAAUGAAAAGAAUCGGGUUCUAGAACUGGCUGUGCCUUCCUCAGGGCUGCAGGACCAACAGGGGCAACUACACUGGGAUGAACUGGACCAGCUGAUGAAACAGGAGCAGCAGCUGCUCAGGCAGGAGAAUGAGAGGCUGCAGAGAGAAGUGCAGAGCGCUAAAACAGACCUGACUCACUCCAGGGAGAAGAUCCGACAGCUGGAAUCUACUAUCCUUUCCCUAAAGCACCAAAAGCAUCAAAGCCAGUCAGGUAUCGUCAAAGCCAUAGAGCAAGAGAAAUUAAGCUUGAAGAGAGAGUGUGAACAGCUUCAGAAGGAGUUGUCAUCUGCAAACAGGAAGAUCAGUCAGAUGAAUUCUCUUGAACGUGAACUGGAAACCAGCUCAGAAAAUGAAGGGCUAAGAAAAAAGCAAGUCAAACUGGAUGAUCAGUUAAUGGAGAUGCUCCACUCAAGCGCCAGUGUGAUGCUUAGCCAAUCACCGCACUCCCGGGAGCUCCAGCAGCAAGGCUGUGCUAUGGUGCCCAAGGAACAGUUCCUGCAGCUCCAACACCAGCUACUACAAGCAGAGAGGAGGAGUCAACGUCUUCAGGAAGAACUUGAAAGCAGACCCUCUGAAACAAACAUGCAACAGGGGGGUCAUGAGCAGCUUCUAAAAAUGAUGGAAGAACGCAUGAUGGAUGUUGAACAGAAACUAAGGCUCGUGAAGAGGCUUCUCCAAGAUAAAGUAAAUCAGCUGAAAGAACAACUUUCCAAGAACACUAAAGCAGAUGCAAUGGUCAAGGAUCUCUAUGUUGAGAAUGCACAACUGCUGAAGGCUUUGGAGAUGACAGAACAGCGGCAGAAAACUGCUGAAAGGAAAAACUAUUUACUGGAAGAAAAAAUUGCCAAUCUCAAUAGAAUAGUAAAGAACCUGGCAUCCCCGUCAUUUAAUUCAGCAUCCGAGAUAAGGUCAUAGCAAAGCCAUUAAGUAUGCCACAGUCCCGUGCACUUUACUGAAAUGUUAAUAUUUCAGCUUUUCACUGUGUUGCCUUUUUUUUGUAUUGAUGAAUUUUAGUUAACAGAUGCCUCCAAGGAGAGGACAGAGCUAAAUCCCAAACCGGACACUGCCAAAAGAGAACUUUUCUUUAUUCCCAAACUGUUUUUCUGUUAAGUUUUGCCUAAAAGUGAUCUUCACUAUGUAAAAAAAGGCAUAUGUUUUUCUACGUUAACUUAUUUUGAUACUUCGGUUUUAAUUUAAAAUAUAAAUUCUGAAUUUACUGUACUGAAUCGAUUAUUCCUAUCUAGACUGAAGCCAAGGUCUAAU